AUGAUGCUACGACUGGCAGCUGCUGGUGUACUUGUGUUGUCCGCCUAUGCAUCUUCCGACCAAAAGAUCAACUGGAAAAACGUCACAGGCACAUCAAGUGUCACAUUCCCCACCGACGUGGGAGUAGCUGGCGACAGGGCAACAGGAAAGACACCGUUGAAUGCCGAGUAUGACCCGUUGGACACCAGUCGAUUCCAAGAAAACUAUGGCAUUGAGAUGAGAUGGCUUCCGAAGGAUGCUGAAAAAAACAAGGCCUCCCCAGAUGACAUUUUCACUAAUCUUGGCCCUUACACACCCUGGCGCCCAGCUAAGGGCUUAUUCCCUGAGACCGAGGCUUAUCGCUCAGCUCCUAAAGAAUGCGAGCUUAAGCAGGUACAGCUUCUUUAUCGGCAUGGUGCUCGUUACCCCACCGAUGGUAUGAAUGAAGGCCUGCCUAAGUUGGUUCAUACGAUCGCCAAUGGAAUAAAGAACGGUUCCAUUAAAGCGACGGGAGAACUGGAUUUCAUGAAUAACUGGAACUACACGCUUGGAGAAGCGAUUCUUGUUCAUCAGGGCGCUCAGGAGCUUUUUGAUGCGGGUGUUAAAGACUAUUAUUCGUAUGGCAAGCUAUUGGACAACAUCAAGCAGAAACCCGUGAUUCGAACGACUAGCAGCAGUCGUAUGCUGGACUCAGCUAGGUACUGGACACUUGGCUUUUUUGGAUGGGAUGCGACCGAUAAAAUGAAUAUGGAAGUUAUUCUCGAAGCGGAUCACCAAAACAAUACACUUGAGCCUAAGUACGCUUGCCCGAAUGGUAAGGCAUUCAAGUUUGGUAGCGAAAUGCGCGAGACAUGGCAAAAAGUGUAUCUUAAAGACGCGCUAAAUCGGUUCCAGAGAAAUUUGCAUGGUUUCAACCUGACAAUUAGCCAUAUGGCUGAUCUUAUUUCCUUGUGUCCUUAUGAAACGGUCGGUUAUGGCUAUUCGCAUUUUUGUAAUUUAUUCACAAAGGAGGAAUGGGAAGGUUACGAGUAUGGCAAUGAUCUCAAAUUCCAAGGAAACAAUGGCUUUAUGAACCCCGAGGGUAAAGCGAUGGGUCUGGGAUGGGUCCAAGAAUUCUUCCGUCGUGCCACAAAAGAUUCGUUCAAGGGUCCGGCGGCUGAGAAGAACAUGACGCUCGACAACAACUCGACGUACUUCCCCCUUGAUCAGGCAUUGUAUGCAGAUUUUUCGCACGACACUGUGAUUAUGAGCAUCUUGACUGCCUUUAACUUUACACAGCUCAAUGAUCAUCUUGAUCCAACCAAACCUGAUCCAUCGCGAAAGUUCCGCGUUAGUCGAAUUGUGCCAUUUGGUGCGCGUGUGGCUUUUGAAAUUUGGAACUGUCAGAAGACCGAUUUCCUUCGAGUCAAACUGAAUGAAGCUGUGAUUCCACUUGAUCAAGACCAAGGCUGCCAAAAACGCAAGGAUGGCCUUUGCAAGCUAGAUGACUUUGUAAAUCAUCUGCAAGAUCGCGUUAUUCAAGAGGCAAACUUUGACCUCACUUGUUUUGGUAAGAACGGGACGGACUUCAACGCAACAAAACCCGUCGAUCAAGGCCACUUUUAG